AUGCGUACGAUGAACGCCUUGGAGCGCUCGUUUCCUUGGGCCGGACUGCUCCAAGACGCUUUUGGAGAGCUGGCUGAGGCUCAGAAACAGGUUUCCCUAACCGACAGCGGCUUCUCUGUCGGCAUCAACGUCGGCGAGUUCAAGCCGGAAGAUCUGAAGAUCAGCCUCGUUGAUCGGAUGCUGACCGUAAAUGGAGAGCACAAUGAGGAGACUGAAGAGGGUUCCGUCCGCCGCUCGUUCUCGCAAAGCUUCCACGUGCCGGAGAACGUCGACAUCGAGCAGUUCAGCAGCCAUCUCUCUGAAGAUGGGAAAUUAUGCAUCGAAGCCCCACUUGUCGCCCCGAAACCUCUGAUGCGUACGAUGAACGCCUUGGAGCGCUCGUUUCCUUGCGCCGGACUGCUACAAGACGCUUUUGGAGAGCUGGCUGAGGCUCAGAAACAGGUUUCCCUAACGGACAACGGCUUCUCUGUCGACAUCAACGUCGGCGAGUUCAAGCCGGAAGAGCUGAAGAUCAGCCUCGUCGAUCGGAUGCUGACCGUAAAUGGAGAGCACAAUGAGGAGACUGAAGAGGGUUCCGUCCGCCGCUCGUUCUCGCAAAGCUUCCACGUGCCGGAGAACGUCGACAUCGAGCAGUUCAGCAGCCAUCUCUCUGAAGAUGGGAAAUUAUGCAUCGAAGCCCCACUUGUCGCCCCGAAACCUAUGAUGCGUACGAUGAACGCAUUGGAGCGCUCGUUUCCUUGCGCCGGACUGCUCCAAGACGCUUUUGGAGAGCUGGCUGAGGCUCAGAAACAGGUUUCCCUAACGGACAACGGCUUUACUGUCGGCAUCAACGUCGGCGAGUUCAAGCCGGAAGAGCUGAAGAUCAGCCUCGUCGAUCGGAUGGUGACCGUAAAUGGAGAGCACAAUGAGGAGACAGAAGAGGGCUCCGUCCGCCGCUCGUUCUACCAGAGUUUCCGCAUCCCGGAGAACGUCGACAUCGAGCAGUUCAGCAGCCACCUAUCUGAAGACGGGAAAUUGUCCAUCGAAGCCCCACUCAUCGCCCCGAAACCUGUCGAACAAUCCCGAGCCAUCCCCAUUGAACGAGUCGCUUCUGCUACUCCAAAGCUUGCUGAUGCUCCUGAGAAACAG